CAUUGAACUCUGCUAUAAAGACGCCCAUUAGAGCUCCUUUACCACCAAGCUCUCAUGCCGCUACCCCUUCCCCCUCAAAUGACCUACAGUCUUUGAAGUGGUCUACUGCAAAUCCAACGAAUGAUCGAGCUGAAAGUUCUUGUAUCAGCAGUCCAUUCUCCCAUCCCACGGCAACCAUGUCCACAUCUACACCAUACCGAAACAACACGAAGAAAUACUCGGAGCUCACGCCGUUAACCAGCAAAACAGCACGCCGAGAACUGAAUGUGAAAGAGAGUGAGACUGAAGUACCCUUGCCACUUUCUCGGGAAAUAAGCGGUGCCAUACGUCUUUCAUAUGAUUGCGAUGACGAUUGGACAAGUGCAUUUGAUGCAAGUCUUGGUCAUGAUGAUGGUGUUCCUUUCGAAUGCAGCAAUUGUGACGAGUUAAAAAAAGAGAAUGAAAGACUGAAAGCGACUGUCACUCAGUUAAAAGGUUUGCUAAAUGCCCCACCUGGAACCGCCGCAUAUCUGAGUCACUAG